UAAAUCGGCAUAUGCAUAGCUUUCAUUCAAGUUUGAGGAGUAAACUCUGAAAACGGAUCGUAUUGAAACGGGGUUGCCGGCUGUGUGCCACUACCUGCUUCCCAUUCCUAGUUCCCGGUCUUUCCUUCCUCCAUCGCCCAAUUUAGGGUUCGCAGAGGUAUUACAUCAAUGGCAGAAGAUCUGGUGCUGGAUACUGCAAUCAGAGACUGGGUGCUGAUCCCUCUCUCCGUGGUUAUGGUUCUCAUUGGCGUGCUCCGUUAUUUUGUUUCGAAGCUUAUGCGCUCUUCCCAAACCCCUGAUGCCAAAAUUGUUAAAGAAGGGCAAGUGAUUCUUAGAGCUCGGAACUUACGGACCGGAGCAAAUUUUAUUCCCUCAAAGGCUUUUCGUGCUCGCAAAGUUUAUUAUUGUAACGAGGAAAAAGGUCUGUUGUUUGUUCCAAAGGGCCAAGCCCAGAAUCCACAAGCACAGAUGUUCUCUGAUCCAAACAUGGCCAUGGAUAUGAUGAAGAAAAACCUUUCAAUGAUCAUUCCUCAGACUCUUACUUUUGCUUGGGUGAACUUCUUCUUUUCUGGAUUUGUGGCAGCCAAGAUACCCUUUCCACUUACACAGAGGUUUAGGUCAAUGUUACAGAAUGGAAUAGACCUUAGCACAGUAGAUGUUAGCUAUGUCAGCAGUCGCUCUUGGUACUUCCUCAAUCUGUUUGGAUUAAGAGGAUUGUUUAGUCUCAUCUUGGGAGAAGAAAAUGCUGUAGAUGAUACACAAAGAAUGAUGCAAAUGGGUGGAUUUGGAUUUGAUCCUUCAAAGGGUCUAAGUGCUGAGAAAGACAAUCUUGACAUAACGCAGCAUGAAUGGGCAUUACCAAAUUUCGAGCAGCGUGCUGAAGCUGUGUUGAAGAAACUCAUCAAUUAAACAAUGUUAUGGAAGCUGUUUUUAACUGCUUGCGUUAGAAAGAUACACUGUUUUUGGUCUACGCGAUAGAAAGAUAAACUUUUGCAUUCUAUUGUUGCUGUUGGAGCUUUACCAGAUAUUGAAGAUCAUGUAGACUGUAGAGACAAUGAGUGUAAUCUUGAACCUGAACACCUUUUAAUUUAAUUAUAAAAAGUUGUCACGCUUUUGUGGAAA